CCCCAUCUGCAGCUCCCAACGGCAACUUCAAACACUUCUGAGUAAAACCCUCCCCUACUCUGCUUUCACCGGUUCUCCCCUGUUCCUGAAAGCACAUAUCGAUAUUCUCCUCUCCCUUCGAUGUUGCCAUCAAAAACCAGAGAAGAUCGGAACAUUUCCACAUCUUCUUCCUCCAAAUCGUCUUCCACCUCCUCAUCUCCAUCCCCCUUCUCCCUCACCAAUUCGUCUCUGAUCAGCAUCGUCCCCACUCCCACACCCAAAUCCAUGGAAGAGGUCUGGAGAGACAUCAAUCUCCCUUCCCUCCCCUCCUCCGACGUUCCCGCACCCCGGAACAUGGUAGCCGUCGGCCACAACCCCACCUUUCGCGGCCUCGUCCUCCAAGACUUCCUCGCUGCCAGAGACCCCCCGGUCGCAUCCGUCUCCGACGGCCCCUCCGCCGGUGGGGGCCCUGCACUCUCCCGUUCCCCUGCUGCGCCGCCCCCCGCCACCGUCCUCAGCCUGAACUCCGGCCCCGAGUUUCGUUUCCUCGACGGAUCCGAUGACGCCCUUCGGCCGCAUUCGACCACGCAUUUGCAGACCCAUCGCCCAAUUUCAAAUGGUUCUUUUCCUUUCGACGGCCCCUUUGAUGUUUUGGCUUCUUCUUCUGGUAUGUUUCCUUUCGGGAAUAAACGGUUCCCGGAAACCGACGGCAGCUCCGGCGACCGCCGCCAUAAGCGUAUGAUCAAGAACCGAGAGUCCGCGGCUCGCUCCAGAGCUAGAAAGCAGGCUUACACGAACGAACUGGAGAGGGAAGUUGCCCAUUUGAUGGAAGAGAACGCCAGACUUAGAAGACAGCAGGAACAGUUAUACCUGGCUGCUGCAACACAGCUUCCCAAAAAGCCAACGCUCCAGAGAACCUCGACUGCUCCUUUUUAAGAAGCAUCCAAGAAUUGUGGCUUUCGCCAGCGUAAUCAUCUUUCUCAUUCCAGAGAGAGAGAGAGAGAGUAAAGUUGAUGAUGGUUGAGAUGUAGUUAAUUGGUUUUGAAUGAGUCGGGGCAUGUAGGUACAAUGCAAUAUUAGCCACAUUAUGGUCCAUGUGUAAAUUUGUGCAGAGAAUUAAGGAAAUAGAUAGUGCAUAGUUUUUGCUCUCUCAA